AGUUCACUUUCACUGCUCUAGUCCGUCGGUUGUUCUAUUGGCAUUAACAUGUUGCUUUUGAAGCACCCGAAAACCAGCCAAUCAAUAGAAAUCAAUGAGUUUUGGCUCCGUGAUCAUUGUCGAUGUGUGGAGUGUCUAAAUUUCGAAACAAAUCAGAGGCGAUACGAUGUCUUAGAUCUACCAGCUGAUAUAAUGCCACUAGAUGUCAAAUACGACGGGAUGAAUCUACAAGUGCAGUGGAGUGAUGCUCACAAGUCGAACUAUGACCUGGACUUUAUCUUCGACUCACAGCUGGAGAGGUUGAUAGGUCGGCGAUCAAAGUCCACUAAUCUGACACCAUGGAAUCGUAGCAUUAUCUUGCAAAACGAACGGCACUUACGAUUCCCAUUGCCCCAGCUGGUUUCCAGUGAUAACGAAGUCAGAUCCCUGGUUGAAUCUCUGGUGCGUUAUGGCAUUGUCUUUAUCGAUGAUGUGGCUCCCACCGCGAAUAUGACAGAAUUGGCUCUGCGACGAGUUUUCCCCCUUAUGAAAACGUUCUUUGGCGAAAUGUGGACUUUUAGCGAUAACCCCGAUCACGCGGACACCGCUUAUACCAAACUUUACCUGGGUUCCCAUACGGAUAAUACCUAUUUCUGCGAUGCAGCCGGACUACAGGCUCUACAUUGCAUUGAGCACUCGGGAUCGGGUGGCGAAAAUUUCUUUGUUGAUGGUCUGCAUGUGGUUCACGAACUGAAACGCCGGUAUCCCGCCGCUUAUGAUGUACUGUGCAGUGUCCAAGUUCCUGGAGAGUACAUCGAAAAAGGGGAGCACCACUACCACACUGCCCCCAUUAUACAGGUGGAUCCACUGACUCAGGAAUUUGUUCAACUCAGACUAAAUGUAUAUGAUCGCGCCGUGUUUAAUACCAUCCCUCAAGCCGAAAUGGCCGAGUUCUAUGACAGUCUUCGCCAGCUUUUGCUAAUCGUCAGGGAUAAGCAACAGCAGUGGGCUCUCAAGCUAUGUCCCGGCAGCAUUGUUCUUUUCGAUAACUGGAGAGUGCUCCAUGGUCGAGAGGCAUACACAGGAAGUCGUACCAUGUCCGGUUCCUAUGUGCAGCGCACAGAUUUUCUCAGCAAGGCUCGAGUGCUGGGAAUUAUUGACUGAAAGCUUAUUGAAAAAUACCUAAUGUAUACCGAAUUAAAACCUUUUAUGAACUAAG